UUCACCGAGGAGGUCAAAUUGAAAUUUAAACGGCUAACGGGUUCCUCCGACGUCCUGUUAACGAUUCUGAAAACACCUCGGAUUAUAUCAUUCCCUUUGGGUCGUAUGGUUUCCAUGGGACUGUUAUGAAGCCACUGAGCCGGUGUUUGUGGAGUGUAUCUAGCGGGGAGGUGAAGUGUGCUAAGCCCUGGCUGCUGGUGGAGAGCUAAGCUACCUCAGCUAACGCCACACCGACCCAUGUGAAGACUCCCCGCGUUUCUCUUCAGGUUUCCCCUCAGGUUUCUCCUCAGGUUUCUCCUCAGGUUUCCCCUCAGGUUCUCCCCUGGAACAUGAACUGACCCCCCCGUCCGUCAGCAUGAGCCUGGCUCCCCGGGAGCUGUCCCAGCUGCUGGGCGUCGUGUCGGAGGAGGCGAGCUCCAGCAGCUUCGAGCAGCUGUCGGCUCACUUCCACCACCACUUCGGCAAGGCGGAGCACUUCAGGGUGGGCUCGGUGCUGGUGCUGCUACUGCAGCAGCCCGACCUGCUGCCCAGCUCCCCGCAGAGACUCACCGCCCUCUACCUGCUGUGGGAGAUGUACCGCACCGAGCCGCUGGCUCAGAACCCCUUCGCCGCGGUGUUCGCCCACCUGCUGAACCCGCCGGCCGGGGAGCCGGAGAGGCUGCUGUCAGGCUUCCUGCCGCCCAUCACGCAGCCAGAGAAGUUCUUCCUGUCCCAGCUGAUGCUUGCUCCACCCAGAGACCUGUUCAAGAAGACGCCCCGCCAGGUGUCCUGCAUGGACGUCAGCAACAUGCCCCAGUCCAUAGACAUCAGCGGCCUGCAGCUGGCUCUGGCAGAGCGUCAGUCUGAGCUGCCCACCCAGAGUAAAGCCAGCUUCCCCAGCAUCCUGAACGACCCGGACCCGGACUCGUCCAACUCGGGCUUCGACAGCUCCGUGGCCAAUCAGAUCAUAGAGUCUCUGGUCACCGGGCCUCGUCCCCCGCUGGAGAGUCACUUCCGCCCCGAGUUCAUCCGGCCUCCACCUCCCCUGCACGUGUGCGAGGACGAGCUGGCCUGGCUGAACCCCAUCGAGCCGGAUCACAGCGUCCAGUGGGAUCGCUCCAUGUGCGUGAAGAACAGCACCGGCGUGGAGAUCAAGCGCAUCAUGUCCAAGGCCUUCAAGAGCCCGCUGUCGUCCCAGCAGCAGACCCAGCUGCUGGCUGAGCUGGAGAAAGAUCCCAAGCUGGUUUAUCACAUCGGCCUGUCUCCAGCCAAGCUGCCGGACCUGGUGGAGAACAACCCGCUGGUGGCCAUCGAGAUGCUGCUGAAGCUGAUGCAGAGCAGCCAGAUCACCGAGUAUUUCUCUGUUCUGGUCAACAUGGACAUGUCGCUGCACUCCAUGGAGGUGGUCAACAGACUGACCACGGCUGUGGACCUGCCCCCAGAGUUCAUCCAUCUCUACAUCUCCAACUGCAUCUCCACAUGUGAGCAGAUCAAAGACAAGUACAUGCAGAACCGCCUGGUCCGGCUGGUCUGCGUCUUCCUCCAGUCCCUGAUACGGAACAAGAUCAUCAACGUUCAAGACCUGUUCAUCGAGGUCCAGGCCUUCUGCAUCGAGUUCAGCCGCAUCCGCGAGGCCGCCGGCCUCUUCCGCCUCCUCAAGACCCUGGACACCGGAGAAAACCCUGCAGAAGCCAAACCUGCCAAAUAGAGAGCUCAGAGACGCUGCACAGCCAGAGGAGCCGACGCCACUGCUGCUCCUUCUGAGGAAAUAUUGUAAAUAUCCAGUGUUUUUCUUCAGAUGUGAACUUCUUGGACUCCAUCUGCAGUUUUGCCCGUGAACUCUUUUCCCUUCUAAGAAAUGAAAAAUGAACUCAGGAUUUGGUUUUCUCCAGCACUGUUGUCUCGGAGUUUAAUUAAAAAGGUUGUUGAAUUAA